UCCUCGAAGUGGUUUUCCAUCUGCACCAUUCAAGAUGCAGAAGGACCUGCUUUGCAGCCUCCUCUCGGCUCUGAUAAUGCUGACUAGCAUCCCGGCCCGUGUGGAUGUAUGUGACUCUGGUCAGUCCAUUUGCGGGGCCCAAGGUCCUGGGGAUGUUGUGGUAGGUAUACUGUUGCCAUGUCAUCGUAAAGUGGAGGCUCUUAAUGACCGGAUUAGACCUGAAAGCUUCCACUGCUCAGAUUUUGAUCUAGAGUCAUUUAUGAUAUCCUUGGCUGCAAUCCAUGAAAUUGAGGAGAUAAAUGCAGCUGGCUUCCUUCCAGGAGUCCGUCUUGGAUAUUUGAUGUGUGACACAUGCUCAUAUGCAAGCAAAGCAUUGCAGAAUGUGGAGCACAUGCUUGCAGUCAACCGGACUCUAAAUGUGAAGUGCGACAAUAUUGACUUCAGGCCCAGAGUCAAGAUUAUUUUAGGAGCAAUGUACUCUGAGGUGUCCGUUGCUGUGGCCAGACUGCUGAACGUGUACAUGGUCCCUCUGCUGAGCAGCACAUCAUCUUCACCAGAACUGAGUGAUAAGCUGCGCUACCCAUCUUUUAUGCGCACUAUUCCCAGUGAUAAGCAUCAGACCAAAGCCGUGGCCAAAAUUAUGCAUCACUAUGACUGGAACUGGGUCGGGGUUGUUUAUGGGGAUGAUGAAUAUGGCAGGUCGGCUUUCCAGAGCUUUCUCAGAGACGCUGAGGCAAAUAGUGUGUGCUUGGCCUAUCAAGAGAUGUUGCCUCAUUACCUUGAUCAUUCACUCAGCAUGCAACGUGUUGAGCAGGUCGCUCAGCAGAUCCGCUCCUCCAGUGCCCAGGUGGUACUGCUAAUCCUCAAGGCAGACCUGGUGAAGGUCCUCUUUAAGGAAAUGAUCAGGACCAACACAUUGAGGACCUGGAUUGCUAGUGAUGCCUGGUCCAGGAGCAGGUCGAUUGCCCAAAUGGAUGGCAUCAACAAGGUUGGGGACAUCUUGGGCUUUACCUUUGUUGCAGGCAAGAGUGAAUCAUUUGAUAAUUAUCUUAAGAAUCUUACAGUAACCCCAGGAGGAUAUAACCACUUCAUUGAAGAAUACAAGAACCUGAGAUUCAAGUGCACAUCAGAAUGUUUCUCAAACAAGCCUCCAUCCAAUUGUCCCACACCUGACCUCCUGAAAAUUAAAUCUGACAAUGCAUGCAACUUCAAGGAUCCCCAAGAACAAAAUGAUGACUAUCUUGUAAAGGCUCUGGACACAAGUGAAGCCCUGCCUACCAAAGUAGCAGUGAGGGCCAUAGCAAAUGCCCUCAAAACGCUGCUGAAGUGCAACGAUUCCUUAUGCUUGGGAGAAGUUAACUUCCCACCAUGGAAGCUUCUCAAAGAACUAAAGAAGGUUAAUUUCGAGCUUGACAACCAGAAUUUCCUCUUUGACGAACAUGGUGAUUUCAUAAGUGGUUAUGAUCUGAUCAUGUGGGAAAGGGACGGACACCACAGAAGACUGAAAAAGAUUGGGAACUACAAUGUCCUUGAUGAACAAAUCGGACUUGUUGGGGAAAAUUUCACCUGGCUUUCAACAACCAAUGCCACGAUCCCUCAGUCUAGAUGCUCAGAGCACUGCCCCCCUGGCUCGGUAAAGAAGAUCUUGAACGUAUCCUGCUGUUACAACUGCACCCUGUGUACGGAGGGUACCUAUUCAGAUGCCUGGGAUCUUCAUGUCUGCAAAAGGUGUCCCAAUGGAACCUGGUCUCUCAAGGGUUGGGAUCAGUGCACGCCAAGAUGGGAGUCCUAUCUGCAAUGGAGUGAUCCUCAUCCCAUCGCCAUGAUGGCAGCUGCAGCCUUUGGCAAUUUGCUCUUGUUGGUUAUCUUCAUUAUCUUUUUGGUGCACAGAGAUUCCCCGCCAAUGAAAAGAGCUGAGGUGAGAUUGUCCUGUGUGAUGAUGGCUGGUCUGGCAGUGAGCUUCACAAGUGUGAUUUGCUUCAUGGGCAAGCCCAGUGUCCACCUCUGCCGGGCCCGCCAGCUAAUGUAUGCCAUGGGCUUCACCUUGUGUGUGUCCUGCAUCCUAGUCAAGUCCUAUCGUUUGUUCCUGGCUUUCCUUCCCUUCGGUCAGAUGACAAGCAGGCGACUACACAAACUUUACAACCCCCCUGUAAUUGUUGUUGUCAUAACUACUCUCCAGGGGAUCAUCUGUCUUCUCUGGCUGAUCUUUGAUUCUCCUGAUAUUGAUGACACCCCGCCAUCCCCACAAAGCAUGAAGAAAGUAGUCCAGUGCAGUGAAGGUGCCACAUUCAUAGGUUUUGGCAUUAUGCUGAGCUACAUAGCUCUGCUAGCACUGGUUGGCUUCCUCUUGGCCUUCAAAAGCAGGAAGGUUCCUCAGGAGUUCAGUGAAACAGGUUACAUCAUUUUUAGCAUGCUGAUGUACUUAUUUGUAUGGGUGUGUUUUGUCCCAGUAUAUAUCACCAACCAUGAAAAAGGCACUCCUGUGCAGGCUUCGGCCAUUCUAGUAUCCAGCUAUGGCAUCAUUUUCUGCCAUUUUUUACCCAAGUGCUACGAAGCAUUUUGGGGGUCAAAGGCCGAUACACUGGAGAGGAUUCUGAGGAGAUGGAGACUCAUCUCCAGUCCAAAUGUUGAUUCAUCGACAGCGAGAGAUAUCGAUAUCCAUGGAAUAAAUACAACCACACAAAGGAGCGACAGGUUUUCCGUAUCAAGUACAUCAACUAUAUUGAGGAGCUCAGGGACACUCAGCGAGGUCAGCCCGACUGAUUCAUCGCUGGUCAUAGUGCCGAUGUCCAGUGAGAAGAUGCAUGUUGAUCCUCUCUUUAACAGGCUAGGAACAAAAAUGAGGAGACGAAGAAGUAUAUCCUUCUAAAACUGAUUAAAACUGAUUCUUUUAUAUAUGUAUAUAUAUAUUAUCUUGAUUUUAUUUUAUCAUCUUUCUCAUCUUUCUUAUUAUCUUGUUUCUAACAGGGGGGUUGCAAUGCAAAUUUCAUUGACAUGUCCAUGCUCAAUGACAAUAAAGGAAAUCUUGAAUCUUGAGUCUUGAAUGUGUAUAUAGUAUCAGUAUAUACCAGUCAUUUGUGUUCAAAAUCCAUGUAAAGUUAAAAUUUGCUUCCUGAUGAAAAUGGUGUUAUUGUAUACAACUAUAUCUGGUAUUAAAAAAUAUCUUUGGU